CUUGUAAACUGCAGCUCCUGAUCACCAAACAAAGAGCCCCAAAAGUGAAAAAUAACCAAGAGAAUUGAGAAUUUUUUUAAAAUUCCCAUGAACGAGUGACUCCUCCGUACUUCCGCUGUGUGUCAACAGAGUAAGAAAGUAAAUAAAUAACGGGUUGUAGUUUGAGGAGCAACAAUAAUCCGGCAUUCAUGAAAUUCUUCACCUGUUGUGGGGAGUUAUAUUAAGCUAAGACUCUGUUUGAUCAGUGAAGAUGUCUAAAGUGGACCAUCUGAACGCCCGGGUGGAGAAGCUGCUCUCCAGAGCGGUGCAGGAGAUGCUGGACAUGGUGAGAGAGACAGUAUCCGAGUACCAGGAGAAGACAGCCCGCACGUGGAGGGAGAACCAGAGUCUGAAGAGGAGGCUGCAGGAGCUCCACGAUCACAUCAGCGCAAGCAACCUGUUGGAUCCACCGUCUCCUCGACAGAAAGACACGCUUCAAGAAGACGUCCAGCUCGUCUCUUCUGAUAAGGAGGCCGUGAUUAGUCCCCCAUGUCGGUUUAAAGACUGUGACAUGUCCAUCACAUCAGUGGCGACCCACUCUUUGUCUCCUGAAGCUGCGUCAGGACCAAACGUUAUCUUACAAGACUUCGAAAAUCCCCAAGCGAACCCUGUUGUUGAGGCGACGGCGCCGCUCUCGAACCCUGCUGCAGAUCUUCCGUUCAGUGAGAAUGACCAGAAGCUGAAGGUCGAGCCUCCAUCGGAAGACAGUCCGGAAAUCGUGAGUCAUUUCCAAAUUGACACAAGUAGCAGAUUAAACCCUCAAGCAGGAGUUUUCCCCGAGCCCGGCGCUGCACACUCCCAAACGGCGAGAGAAGAGACGCCGCCAGACAGGACGGGCUCGGGAUGCACGGCGUUCCGCAGAAACUUAAGGAAGCAGUACUUCUGCGCCCUCUGCGGACGCACCUUCAGGCACGCCGGGGACUACAAGAAGCACAGCCGGGUGCACACGGGGGAGAAGCCGUACGGCUGCCCGGUGUGCGGGAAGCGCUUCAGCCAGUCCAGCUACCUGACGGUGCAUCUCCGGUACCACACCGGGGAGAAGCCGUUCGGCUGCAGCUACUGCGGCAAAAGCUUCAGUAACUCAAGUAACAUGAAGAAACAUGAACUGACACAUAUGUAUUGAAUUGAAUUGAAUUGAAAUGAAAGUCCUUUAUUUGUCCCACAGGAAGAAAUUGCAGUGUUACAGCAGCAGUAUGACAAACACAAUUAGUUAAACUCUUAAAAAACAGUGCAAUUUAAGAUAGUUUUUAGUCACAUUUUCUGGCAAUAAAUCCAGUGAAACAUAACAGUGACUUCCAUUUGUGAUUCAUACCGUUUCUUGGAACAUUGUAGCAUCCAAAAAUGCAUGAAAUGGCAUGACUGUUGUGUUUGUGAUCACCAAAUUGAACAAAAAUCUGAAAUCCUUUACUACAGGGGCUCUCUACAUCUUCAUGUUGGCAAUAUGAGAUUUAUGUCAGUCACUGUGAACCAAUGUACACAUUUAAUAUUUCACUAAUUUCGUUUUUAUUCUCUCUUAUUUGUUUAACAUUUGAACUUUCUUUUGUAUUUAUUCUAUGCUAUUCUGUUCAAAUUUGGUUACACAAGUAGCCAGCAGUAACUGUUUACACUGUAUUUUACACUGUAAAGAUACCCUGCAGGCUGAAGUAGAGUCACUGUUGUUUACUUUUUUAUUUUGGCACGAGGUCUUCUUUUUGAUAUCCCUUUUGAGUUCCUGCUUGUUUAGAGUCAACCAAGUGGAAAAGUGAACAUGCCAGUGAGCCUGUUGCAGAGCGAUUUCCCUGCUUUUUGUCUGACUACUUCACAAGGUAGUGAUCAAAACGAAAACAGAUUAAGUGUGCAUCCUGUGAACCGUUGGAUAAAAGAUUAUAUUGUCAUAAAUAAUAA